CGUAUGCGGAAUAUAUACGGCUGCUCAUCGUGAUUGUGGACCGUGCCACUGGAGUCCCGGUCUGUGGACACCAGAUGAAAGACAUUUAUAUUGCUCUUCUUGAGGCCCCGAGCUCCCGCACUUUCUCAAUCGUCCCACCACCCCCUCCUCUCGACCUGAACCCAUGGCACCCACUUCUUCCUCCAAAAAGUUGAAAUUUGACAAAAAACAAUAUUUUACCACCGACGUCUCACGCCGCGGAUGGACUUGCAACAUUUGCAUCCCAAGGCGCAAUAACCAAUUCCAUUUUACAACUAUGCGAGCCGCAGUUCGACACGAAAAUACGUCUCCCGAGCACGCGCAGCACAUCUCCGAAAUAGAGUGGUGGCAGCCACGGGACGAUGACGCUUGGGGAGCGCCUGAGCAGCCUCCGCUAACUUCCGAUGGCCUGCGCACAUGGGAUAUGCAGACGCACGUGGAUCAUGUAUUUGAUCUAGUGCCGUUCUGGAUCCGCGGGGUGGAUGCUGCGGAGAGGGGUGAGGUGCUGAGGAUGGAAGAAUUCUUGGAGAUGAUGGAGGAGGACGGCGGAUGGCGGACCUCUGAUGAGGUUUGGGGGAUGUUGGGAGCUUGGAGGAAGCCGAAUCAUGAAGAGGGAAGUGAUGGAUGGGGGCGUAAAGAUGAUGUGUCUGUUCACAAGUUUGCUGGUACAGAAUUGACAUCGGAGGACCAGGAUAAAGGCUGGGGCGUUAUGGAGAAGUGGGCGGUCCCUCCUACCAAUGGCCCUUCAUCCCACCAGAGACAAGGUCUCAGCGGUGCGCAUCCUUUUGUAGACGACAUCGCUCUCCAGGAAGCAGCAGAUGAAGAUAGGCGCCGACGGAUGCACCACUUUUUUGAAAUGCCGACGGAACAGAAGGUGCUGAAGAUUCAGGAGAUAAUCCGUUACCUUCACGCCCACCCUGCCUAGCAGUCACUCGAUGCCUUAAUGCACCGCUUCUCGUUGUUGUGACCAUGCCCUCAUCGUUCGCCGGCUCGUAGAUGUUUCUUGCAUGCAGUCACGGUCUGCUCUCGCUUCAUUUCAAUAAUCUAACUUCAUGUGCAUCUGAUAUACCACAAGUAAUUUGUAUUUGUAUAUUCAACAGGGAUUAACAAUUUAUCGAAGUGGUUCCGAAACCUCCACAACGAGAGGGGGUCAAUGCUCGCCUGCUAGUGAUCACUCCAGCCUUCAACCUUGUAUACGGGAGACCAGGUUCCAAGCUCAAGCUGCGUACGGUGCAGCUUAUAAUAAAGCUGUGUUGUGUUGCGUCAGACAAGU